AUGAUCUCAUGGCUUGUAGAUAUGUUGGGGGAGUUACCAAAGAGGCUUUUUAAGGAGGGCAAGGAGCCUCAGGUGUCUCGGAUCAAUAACAACUGCAGGAUCGACUACAUUAUUAAGAAGUUCAAAGCGUGGAUGCCAAAGGAGCUGGAUGUUGUGAAGAAAGAUCCGGUGUUUGCUCAGAUUUUUAAGCUUCAUGAAAAUGGUCUCGGGUACUCGGCGAGAGUGGUACACAGCUUCUUGUGCAGGGAGCUGGUGAGUUACAAACUUCACGAGCUUUGGUUUGUCUUCGCGAGGAGACCACUUCGAUUCUCACUUCAAGAGUACCACGCAGUAACCGGGUUUGAGUGCAACACGAGUAUCUCCCUUUCGGAGUUUGAAGAGUGGAAAUUUGAUGGUGGUUUCUGGAGCAGGGUUUUGAGGAGGAAAGACGAGACAGUUACUCUCUUCGACCUGUGGAAUAAGGACAAGGACUCUGUCAUGAAGUGGAAGAAUGCAGAUAGCAUACGGCUUAUCUACCUUGCCUUCAUUCUUUGUGUCGUUUUAGCGAGAGAUGAGAAGCAGAAUAUCCCUCUCAAAUACAUCAAGGUGGUCAUGGAUCUUGAGAAGGUUCGAAAGUAUCCUUGGGGAGUUGCUUCUUAUGAUCUUCUCUGCGAGUCAAUAGCCAAGAACCGCUACAAACUGAAGGAGAAGACAAGUAGUUAUGUCUUAGAUGGAUUCUCCUACGCCUUGCAGAUUUGGGCAAUGGAAGCUGUACCAAAGAUUGGAAAGCUUUGUGGUAAAAAACUGGACAAAGCUUUUGCGGAUGGUCCUAUAUGCAUCAACUGGAUGGGAGCUGGAAAGGUGUCAUAUCAAGAGAUCAAUCGGUUGGAGGAGAUUUUUACAGCCGAGGAUGACAUGUAUCCAUUCAUCUCAUGGACAGGGAAUACGGAUAUUAUCCAGAGUGUUGAUUUCCGCAGAGAUGAUCAUGUUUGGGAUUUCGAAGAAGCUGUAGAGGAAUCUCUAGAUCAGCCUGAUGAAGCAAAUGUGAAUGAUGAAGAGGGAGUGAACGAUGAAGCAGCUGAGACAGAUGAGAGUGAUGAAACUUUUCAGACUCCAAGAGGAUCAACGAGCCUAGGCGAUACAUCAAAGAAGAGUAAGAAAAGGCUUCCAGAUCGUGGUAUGGAAAGAAGGAAGCAUAAGGUUCUCAAUGGUGGAUCGAAGCAACCAUCUUUUAAUGAAGACAUGAAGGCUUUUAUGGCGCAGUUGUUUGAGCAGAGUAUCUCUGCAAUGGAGCAAAGGAUGGAGAAGAAGAUGGAUGAGAAAUUAGAGCAAUUGGAACAUCGGCUAAAAGCUCCAACUAAGGAACCCUGCGUUGAAGUUGAGGAUGGAGAGACGCCUUCUCCGAGCAAGACAACGACGACCCAGCAGCCAUCGUUGAGGAGGUCCACACGCGGGAGUCCAGUGGAUCUUAAUUUCACUCAAGAAGAGGCUAGCUUUCGUGGAAUCAGUACGCAAGGCGUCGAAGGGCUUUCUCAGGCAUCUCAUGUAACCGACUUUGAUCCAUCUCAGACAGCCAAGGCAGAUGACUGGUGGACUCCAAUGACUUCAGUUCGAGGUUCGAGCAAGGCUAAAGCUCGUAAAGACAAUACAGUUCAACCCUCACAGUGGAAGAAGUGGUCUAGACUUGAGCUUACCGAUGAAGAUUUGCCCCAAGAUGGUUCUCCGCGGUCGUCACUGUAUUAUUUCUCUGAAGAAUCAUGGCAAGGAUUCCACGAAUGGUCUAUGAAGCCCAUAUCUUUACAAAUAGGUCCUUUGUGUUUCAAUAUGACUGUCGCACAAAGGAUAGUAUGCGCAGGAAAAUGGCUUGGAAACGAGGAAAUGGAUGGCUUUAUGUUUAUAUGGCGAGUCAAGACAACGUUGAAGCGUUGGGCGCCGACCCGUGUUGCUUUUAUGACCGCUUUGUUCUGCCUCCAACUUGAAGCUGCAUACAACGUUUUCCAUCCCGACAAAUAG